AUGCAGUUCACCAUCUCCGCCGCUGCCCUCAUGGCCUUCGCCGCCAAGGCCCUCGCCCAGGUCGCCGACUUCGACCCCGUUCUCACUCCCACCAACUGGGAGGAGGUCUCCGCUGGCAAGACCCUCGAGAUCACCUGGCAGGCCAAGCCCAAGUACUCCGGCGAGAAGAUCUCCAUCUCUCUGAUCGGUGGUGCUACCCAGAACACCCAGGUCCCCAUCAAGACCAUUGCCACUGGCAUUGACAACGACGCUGCUUCCUACAGCUGGGCCAUUGACUCCACCCUCGGAGACCAGAACGUCUACGGUCUCGUCCUCAAGCUCGAGAGCAACCCCGAGGUUUUCCAGUACUCUUUCCCCUUCAAGAUCGAGGGUGCCAAGAAGUCCGAGGACAAGCCCUCUCAGACCAAGAACGACUACGAGGUCCCCUCCUCCGUCGCCCCUAAGCCUACCAAGCCCGCUUACCCCGUCCCCGAGACCACCGUCGUUGCUGUUUCCGAGACCGUCACCGUCCCUUGCAACAACACUGCUGGUUCUCCCACCACCUUUGUCCCCGUUGUCAAGACCCACUACCCUGCUCCUCCUGCUCCCCCUGCCAACAACGGCACUGCUCCCAACCCUCCCGUCUACACCCACCCUGCUCAGCCUCCUGUUGUUCCUACUCAGCCCGCUGGCCAGCCUCCCGUCUAUGGUCAGCCCACCCCUACUCCUGUCCCCGUCUCUGGUGCUGCCCGCUUCGGCGCUCCCAUUGCCGUUGUUGCUGGUCUCGUCAUGGCCGCUUUCGCUCUGUAA